AUGGUUGAUGCUCGGCUGAGACGAUUGCGCGAGAAGAAACCGAGCGGUAAGCUCAAUGUACCUGCUGCUAUUCAUGAUCAAUGGCAGCAAGGGGGCAAAGCAAGGGAUGAACUCCGUGCUUUCUUUGAAAAAUAUGAUCUCAACAAGGAGGUCUUCAUCGCCAAAGUCGUGAAGUUGAUUGAGCAAAGGAACGAGGACUCCCAAGAAAUCCAAUCUGGAUGGUUUACGCCAGAUCAGAUGAAAACGGAGUUGAAAUGGAGCCAGUCCUACAUCAAGGAUGCCGUGGCUUACUGCAAGAAGCAUGGUCUGGUCAAGAAGCUUUGCUUGCAAAAUAAGAAGCUGGCCAUGACCCGUGCAACCCCCAACCAAAACCUUCAUCCCCCUCCAUUUUACAAUUGCUUAAACUUAUUUGGCUUUCUGAACCUGGUUCACCGGCCACUGGAGUUGAGGAACGACAAGUACAGCGAGAAGGUGUUCAAGUACUUUGUCGACUACUCGGACAAAGAGUCGAAGAAAAAGGUCUACACUGAGAGCCAACAGCAUACUUCGACUGAGGAGAAGGCACUCAUGUACAUGCAUUAA